AUGAAGCUUUUCGGCCGCUCGGCAAAAGGUGAAUCAAGCACAAGAAAACAAAGACUUUCAUCACAUAACGGAGAAAAGCCCUCGAGUGAAAUAAGUGAUGUGACUGUCAAUCGCGACACCAAUAAUCUCCGACCAUCCACAAAUGGACGACCAGUCCCGAUCCACACCCUGAUUUCAAGAGAAAGUUUGACACCAAGACCAACAUCUUCCAUUCACAAUUCAGACAAGAUUAAAUAUGAAAAUCAUUCUGCUGGUGGAACCGAGCUAGGCGAAAGUCAUAUUGUCUCACUGAAAGAACGAUUACGUAGCAGUCGAGAGGAACUUCGCCCGCAGUCGGGUCGACCUUUCGUUCCUAUAUGUCGCCAGGUCUCUAUACUCACUGUCGAAGCAAUUGAACACGAUAUACGCAGAUGCGAUACCACAAUGCCAAUUGACAGAGCAAGGUUUUAUGCACAGUGGGCUCGCCAAAAUGGAAGGAAAUUAUACGCGACCUUAGCUUACAUCGAGAGAGGUGCGGAUGUGUACCACUUUGCGGAUCAGGGAAUUACAGACAAGGAUCUUCCUUUACAUUAUUUACAAGGUGUUUCUUCCCUAGGAAAAGAGAUGCGAGAAAAGGGUGCUCUUUUCCUCAAAGAAGGGGUGCAAAUAGAGAAUCUUGAUCAUUGGAAGGAUGAAACUUUGGAAGCGUUCUACGACAUACAGUGGUUGAUGAUAGCACCUGUAUUCGAGGACAAAACGGAUCUUGAACUCGCCGCAAGGGAGGUUCUGCCCUUCAUCUCAUUUCAUGGCGCAAAUACAGAUGCAAUGAAGCCCAAGCAGGGAGCAUACAGCGAGGUAUCUCCCGUGCAAGUUCAUCCUUCUCAUCAUCAAUUUUGGAAUAAAGAAUAUGUAACGACAAAAGAGCCAUUAGUAGCUGUGAAAAGAUUAUUUUCGAACGAUGAAACAGAAUUCAAGAAGGAGCGUGAUAUCCUGAGAACCCUCGGCAGUAAAAAGCCCCAUCCUCAUCUUAUUCGAUUGCUGGCCACCUAUCGACAAGAGGAAGAAUUUCAUCUCAUAUUCCCAUACGCAGGAAGUAACUUAAGAUCUUACUGGGAAAUUCGAUCACUCCCGACGUUUGACCAGGAAACAGUCAUGUGGUCUAUGAAGCAGAUGUAUGGGAUCGCCAAUGCAUUGUUUCGACUGCAUGAGUUCAAAGUUACAAUUCCACUGAAAAUUGGUGGUCCUGGAAAUGUGCGAGUGCAAACCGAAGACGACGGUCAAAUAAGUGUACAUGCAGGCGAGGAGAUGUUCGGGCGACAUGGCGAUAUCAAGCCGGAGAAUAUAUUAUGGUUUCCAGAAGGCCCUGAAGCACACGAUCCACUAGGUGUUCUGAAGCUGGCCGAUUUUGGCCUAGGAAGAUUUCAUGGCAGAGAUUCAAAAUCAGGGAUAAGGCCUUCUGGAAUACGCUCAUCACCAACCUACGAGCCUCCUGAAUGUAAGCUGCGCCGCCCGGUGUCCCGAGCGUACGACAUUUGGAGUUGUGGAUGUGUAUGGCUCGAAUUCAUUACGUGGCUUCUCAAAGGUAGUGCUGGCAUAGAAGAGUUUGCAGAUCGCAGAAGCAAUAAUCCAGGACCCAAUGAAAUCGACGAUGACAACUUCUUCACCAUGAUACCGAACAAUCGCAUCUUAGAGGCCACAAUCCGAGAUGGAGUUGAACAAUGGGUUAAGCAAUUGCAUCAGCAUGAGAGAUGUUCCGAACUCAUCCAUGAUCUAUUAAAAUUGACCAUGGAUCACCUCCUACUCAUUGACUCAAAUGAGCGUAUUAAAGCUGGCGAGUUCAAUCGACAAAUGGCGGACUUUUAUCAAGAAGCAAAGAAUAAUCCAGACUACAUGUUGAAGCCAGCCCCGUUAUUACCAGAAGAUUCGAAAGCGAUGUUUCUCGGGAUACCGCGAUACGAAGGAUCUGGACCUCAAGUGUCUUUUAGUGAUCCAAUGAAGGUGAGCAUUUCGCGUGAGUCCAGUGCAUCCCGCAAGUCCGGAGACUUGAGCCCGAAAUCCAAGAAAACUGUAACUUGGCCUUCAGAUCUCGCCAAGAGGUGA